GCAAGACCACCUUGUCAGCCACAUUCUUGGUAUGACUGUUGGCUUUAAUUGAAUCUUGUCCAACCCCCACCCUUAACCCCCUAAUUAGUAGUAUACUCGAAUACAUGGAAAGAACCAGCAGGUGGGAGCGGUUUCUGCAAACAUGUCUGAAGCCCAACACACCCCUAUUUCAUAGAUGCGGUCAAAUAAUCGUGAUGUCACGGCUUCUGGAUUUGGCUGAAGAAGAUGGCGGCGGCCUCAGGAGUUAAAGUUCCACGUAAUUUUCGCUUGUUGGAAGAGCUUGAAGAGGGUCAGAAAGGUGUUGGAGAUGGGACAGUCAGCUGGGGCCUUGAAGACGAUGAAGAUAUAAUGCUAACGCGGUGGACGGGCAUGAUCAUCGGACCGGCACGAGUAAGUGUGACUGCAGCAGGAACUAAUUAUGAAAACAGGAUAUACAGUCUGAAAGUGGAAUGUGGUCCAAAAUAUCCUGAAUCACCACCGAUCGUUAGAUUUGUAACAAAAAUUUGCAUGAAUGGAAUAAAUAAUUCCAAUGGGAUGGUGGAUACACGAAGCAUACCAAUUCUAUCUAAAUGGCAAAAUUCUUAUAGCAUUAAAGUUGUUCUUCAAGAGUUAAGGCGUCUAAUGAUGUCCAAGGAGAAUAUGAAGCUUCCACAACCACCAGAAGGACAAACCUACAGCAAUUAAUUGUUCACUGAUUAUUUACUUUUGACCCCUAUUGUCUUAAACCUUAUUUUCUUAUAAAAUAUUCCCUCCACCAUUCCAAGAAUUUAGACUGAGAGCAAGGUUGGAUAUUCCUAAAAUUGGACAUUCCUUCUAGUUAGCUCAUUCUAGAAUGUUCCCACAGUGAAAUUAUGUUUUUAAGAACACAGGUGAACAGUUAUUUCUCUUCUAUUGAAGUUAGUGUUACCAUUCACUUUCUGAUCAAGAGAUGUAUCAAGUUGGCUUCCCAAGAGCAGCAUGGCACCAAGUGGAUACCCAAGUCAAACAAUGUAUCUUUCGAAUGGCAGGUCACUGAAAUGAAGAAUUGAGAUGUGUGUAUGAUGGCAUGCUCCAACUAAGAAAGGCACAAGUUGUAAUUUGUAGGUACAUUGAAAUAUUAUGAAGAUUAAAAUGUGGCUGUAGGCCAGAAGUAGUGUCACCGGGUGUGAAGGAUUUGUUUUAUAUUUUUUAUUUUACACAAUGCCAAUGUUUCUGUUCUGCAGCUUUUUGACUUGUAACAGACCUUAAAGCCUGUUUGGUUCUGAAAAAAUACCCCUUGCAUUUAACUUUUAGUGAAAAUGACAAGUGUAUGUAUGACAUUGAUUUUUCUGACAUUAAAAUCACUAUCUGAAAAAUGUUGCAAACUGGAUACAUUUUUACUCAAUCUAUUAUGAUUGAUUAUUAUUAUAUCUGUUGAAUAUUAUACUGUAACAGUUAUUUAAGCAAUAAGGACUGAGGUGGUGUGGUAAAUGGCCAAUAUACCACGGCUAAGGGCAGUUCUUAACACAACGAAACGCGGAGUGCCUGUAUACAGCCCUUAUUCGUGGUAUAUUAGCCAUAUACGGCAAGCGGUACCGGAGCGCCAAGACUCUGUCCCGGUACCCCCUGAAUAUAGCCUCGCUACUGUUAUUUUACUGCUGCUCUUUAACUAUUAUUUGUAUUUUUUACUUAACUUAUUUUUCUUAACUGCAUUGUUGGUUAAGCAUUUCCCUGUAAUACCUGUUGUAUUCGGUGCAUGUGACAAAUAAAAAUUGAUUUGAUAUACCACAAA